AUGGAAAGCAAUAGCAAAAUUAUUGAAGAAGAAAACGCGGGGAUAAUUAGUAUAGAGAAGUCUGUUCUGGAAGAAACCAAGGAACAAAAUGUCGCCAGAGGCCAGAGCAUCCUCUAUAAGAUUUUUCCAGAGAAAAUAGAAAUUGAGCCAUUGGAUUCAGACUCUGAAGAAGUGCCAGAAAAUAGUGAACUUUGCAUUGAUUUUAAUGAUCUUAGAUAUGUGAAACUUGCCCAAAGUUUCAAGUACCUCAAGUUCUUUGAUAUAAACUCUAUUAAUUUUAGCUAUGCUGAUUCUAAAAACAGACAUUUUGUAAAUUUUUUAGAAUCCUCAUUCCCAGAUAAAACUAAUGGGCUUUAUUUUCACUCCUCUAAUAAAAUGGAUCUGAAGAAGUCCAAUUACUUAAACUCCCUAGUCAGGAUCAGUUCGAAAGUCCUCCAAGUAGUUACAUUUUAUCAUUUCUGCAUCGGCCUCCCCUCCCUGAAGAGGAUGGCGGCAGCUUACAAACAUGUCGGAAGGUUGAGAUUGUGGGUUUGCAACUUAUCAAUCCCGAGUGUUCCUGAUUUUUCAGAAGCUCUUUCAAACUGCCAAAUCCAGAAGCUAGAUUUAAAUGGAUCAUGAUGCUAUGAUUUUAGUGACUGGGAGAACAACUUCGACGAGUUCAAGAACUUGGUCCAAGGAUUAGCAAGUUCUCCAGAUUUAAGGUUGAGUCUCAAAGAGGUAAACAUCACACACUGCGAAGUAAAGCAGGCUGAAGUUGAGCAAACUUUUGAAGAAAACCAGCUUGGAGGAGUUAAAAUAAUUGCUUAG